GAGACGCAGAUGUUUCCUCCCUGUUAAGCCUCUGGUGUGGACACUGCUAUGGAUCAGUGUGGGGACACAGAGGAGGGGGUCCGUCCCUCUAAAACCAGCCAGGCUGAAGCUCAGAGGAUUCAGCAGCAGAGACGAGACUGUCCUGAACCUGGACCUGGACCUGGACCCAGCUGUGUGUCCAUGAAGAGUGACUGGUCUAUGGGCAGCCCCAUUCACUUUAAAGUCAGACGACCUGCGGAUGAACGGAUUCAGCAGCAGAGACGAGACUGUCCUGAACCUGGACCUGGACCUGAACCCAGCUGUGUGUCCAUGAAGAGUGGCUGGUCUAUGGGCAGCCCCAUUCACUUUAAAGUCAGACGACCUGCGGAUGAACGUGUUCAGAGCUCAGAGGUUCUCAGUGAUCAAUCUGCCCAGCAGCUUCAAACAGACCUGGACUCCAUAUUUAUGCUGCUCGAAGAGAACAUCCUCACUUUUGUGAAGAACGAGCUGAAGAAGAUCCAGAAGGCUCUGAGUUCACAUUACCCAGAAUGCUUAGAGGGUCAGAGUGAGGAUGAAGAGGUGUUGGAUGGUGAGGAUGACGAGCACAGGAGAAGCAGCAGAGAGGCGUUUCUGAGGAUCACACUGAACUUCCUGAGGAGAAUGAAGCAGGAGGAGCUGGCUGACUGUCUGCAGAGCAGAACGUAUGCUGCAGCGUGUCGACAUAAACUAAAGUGUAACCUGAAGGAGAAGUUCCAGUGUGUGUUUGAGGGGAUCGCCAAAGCAGGAAACCCGACGCUCCUGAAUCAGAUCUACACAGAGCUCUACAUCACAGAGGGAGGGACUGCAGAGGUCAAUGAUGAACAUGAGGUCAGACAGAUUGAAACAGCAUCCAGGAAACCACACAGACCAGAAACAACCAUCAGACAAGAAGACGUCUUUAAAGCCUCACCUGGAAGAGAUGAACCAAUCAGAACAGUGAUGACAAAGGGAGUGGCUGGCAUUGGGAAAACAGUCUUAACACAGAAGUUCACUCUGGACUGGGCUGAAGACAAAGCCAACCAGGACAUACAGUUCACAUUUCCAUUCACUUUCAGAGAGCUGAAUGUGCUGAAAGAGAAAAAGUACAGCUUGGUGGAACUUGUUCAUCACUUCUUUACUGAAACCAAAGAAGCAGGAAUCUGCAGGUUUGAAGAGUUCCAGGUUGUGUUCAUCUUUGACGGUCUGGAUGAGUGUCGACUUCCUCUGGACUUCCACAACAAUGAGAUCCUGACUGAUGUUACAGAGUCCACCUCAGUGGAUGUGCUGCUGACAAACCUCAUCAGGGGGAAACUGCUUCCCUCUGCUCGCCUCUGGAUAACCACACGACCUGCAGCAGCCAAUCAGAUCCCUCCUGACUGUGUUGACAUGGUGACAGAGGUCAGAGGGUUCACUGACCCACAGAAGGAGGAGUACUUCAGGAAGAGAUUCAGAGAUGAGGAGCAGGCCAGCAGAAUCAUCUCCCACAUCAAGACAUCACGAAGCCUCCACAUCAUGUGCCACAUCCCAGUCUUCUGCUGGAUCACUGCUACAGUUCUGGAGGAUGUGAUGAAGACCAGAGAGGAAGGAGAGCUGCCCAAGACCCUGACUGAGAUGUACAUCCACUUCCUGGUGGUUCAGACCAAAGUGAAGAACAUCAAGUAUGAUGGAGGAGCUGAGACAGAUCAUCACUGGAGUCCAGAGAGCAGGAAGAUGAUUGAGUCUCUGGGAAAACUGGCUUUUGAUCAGCUGCAGAAAGGCAACCUGAUCUUCUAUGAAUCAGACCUGACAGAGUGUGGCAUCGAUAUCAGAGCAGCCUCAGUGUACUCAGGAGUGUUCACACAGAUCUUUAAAGAGGAGAGAGGACUGUACCAGGACAAGGUGUUCUGCUUCGUCCAUCUGAGUGUUCAGGAGUUUCUGGCUGCUCUUCAUGUCCAUCUGACCUUCAUCAACUCUGGAGUCAAUCUGAUGGAAGAACAACAACAAACAACAUCCCUCCGGUCUAAAUUAUUUAGAGACAAACAGAAUCAAGAAUAUCUCCACCAGAGUGCUGUGGACAAGGCCUUACAGAGUCCAAAUGGACACCUGGACUUGUUCCUCCGCUUCCUCCUGGGUCUCUCACUGCAGACCAAUCAGAGACACCUACAAGAUCUGCUGACACAGACAGGAAGUAGCUCACAGACCAAAACGGUCCAGUACAUCAAGAAGAGGAUAAGUGAGACUUUGUCUGCAGAGAGAAGCAUCAAUCUGUUCCACUGUCUGAAUGAACUGAACGAUCGUUCUCUGGUGGAGGAGAUCCAACAGUCCCUGAGAUCAGGAAAUCUCUCCAGAUAUCUUCUCUCGCCGGCUCAGUGGUCGGCUCUUGUCUUCAUCUUACAGUCGUCAGAUAAAGACCUGGACGUGUUUGACCUGAAGAAAUACUCUGCUUCAGAGGAGGCUUUUCUGAGGCUGCUGCCAGUGGUCAAAACAUCCAACAAAGCUGUGCUGAGUGGCUGUAACCUGUCAGAGAGAAGCUGUGAAGCUCUGUCCUCAGCUCUCAGCUCCCAGUCCUGCAGUCUGAAAGAGUUGGACCUGAGUGACAACAACCUGACAGACUCAGGAGUGAAACUUCUGUCUGCUGGACUGCAGAGUCCAAACUGUACCCUGGAAACUCUCAGUCUGUCAGGCUGUCUGAUCUCAGAGGAAGGCUGUGUUUCUCUGGCCUCAGCUCUGAGCUUUAACCCCUCCCAUCUGAGAGAGCUGGACCUGAGCUACAAUCAUCCAGGAGACUCAGGACUGAAGCUGCUGUCCGAUGGGCUGCAGGAUCCACACUGGAGACUAGACACUCUCAGGAUGGACCAUGGUGGAGCGCACAGACUGAGACCUGGUGUGAGGAAGUAUGAAUGUAAACUGGAGCUGGACACAAACACAGUGAACAGAUUCCUCAGACUGUUGGACGACAGCACGACGGUGAGACAUGUCAGAGAGGAUCAGUCGUAUCCUGAUCACCCACACAGAUUUGACUUCUGUCCCCAGCUGCUGUGUAGGACUGGUCUGACUGGUCGCUGUUACUGGGAGGUGGAGUGCAGAGGGUACGUUUAUAUAUCAGUGAGUUACAGAGGAAUCAGGCGAAGUGGGGACGGUGAGGACUGUGUGUUUGGAUGGAACGAUCAGUCGUGGAGUCUGAGCUGCACCGGGGGACGUUACUCUGUCCUGCACAAGAAGAAACUAACAAACGUCUCUUCCUCCUCUUCCUCUUCCUCCUCUGCCUCAAGGAGAAUAGCAGUGUAUGUGGACUGUCCUGCUGGCACUCUGUCCUUCUACAGAGUCGUCUCUGACUUCCUGGUCCACCUCCACACCUUCAACAGCACCUUCACGGGACCUCUUUAUCCUGGCUUUACAGUCUGGCCUGGUUCCUCAGUGUCUCUGUGUCCUCUGCACAUCUGACAGUCUCUCCUGUGGACAGAGACUCUGCUGCUCAAGUCAAAGUUCACUCUGCUCACCGUCACACACUCUGACCUUUGAAGCAGGUAUCUGAUUUCAUCUCUUGGAUUUUCAACAUUUUAAUGAGCGAUGUCCUGAUCAAGGUUUUUUUUUGUGAUCGAGAUCUGAGUCAUUGAUUAUUGAGUACCUGUCAACACCGAGUCCCGAUCUGAUACGAGAUAACACGAGAUAACAAGGACUUUACAGUUAUAAAAAUGAAUCCACUGUACAUACAUGACAGCUGAACAUCUCUGUAAUGCAUUACAAAACAAUCCCACCAUGCAACAUGUUCUACUGCCUGUGAAAAUGAUCCAAUUAAUCAUAUGUCCACAUGUAUUUUGUAUCUUCACUGUGUUAAGAUCUUUUAGUUCUGAAAAAAUACCUUUCAAAGAACAAUUAGACAAAAGUUAAAUCAAACACUGAAGAAAUCUCUGCAGGGUAUUAAAUCAUCAGAUCAAAUUAUCAGUGAACAAAUAGGCCGAAUAUGUUUCCUUCGUUUAUUCAUUCAGUCCUGAGGCUGCUUCAGUCGAAUAUUGUGUGCAGACCUGAAACAGUAUAAAGAGUAUAUAUAUCUGUCAGCUCUGAGUCAAAGCUCAGAUUAUUCAGAGACAGUUUAGGAACCCCAGCGUACAGAAAUAUUUAAAUACACCAUUUUAACAACAGGCAGUGUUCCUUUUUCCCUCGCCAACAUUUAGUGUAACUUUGAUGCCUCAGGUCCUCUAGUUUAAUAUGAUCCCCGUGUCUUCACUAAGACUGAGCUGAUACAGCAGGUUGUGAGACUUUUUUUUUACACAAUCCUGAAGAGUUCACUGUUUUUUUGAAUGUUUUUUGUAGACGUCAUUGAUAAAAUCUAUAUUUUUUAUCUUGAAGGCAAACAUCUCUUCAUUUCAACAUUUUCAGAAUUUUUAUGAUCCUUAAGAAAACAAAAUAAAAUCACAUUCGAUUCAUCUGCUGAUUAUUUUCACCAUUAAUGGACUCAUGGUUUCAGAUGGACUUGUUGAAACUGUUAGGGGCUUUAAUUUACGAUUUUUCCAUGUUUCGGUUGUAAAAAUAAUAAUUUCUAAAGUAACUGCAGCGGUUAGAGAAUUGCAGUGAAGUAAAAAAGUAUAAUAUUACCAUCUGAAUCUCAGUGAAGUAAAAGUAGAAAAUAAAAGCCUGAGUACCUCAGAUUGUUCUGAAGCAAAGUA